GUUUCGUCGGUUUUACUAAUAAAAACAAUUUACUAUAAUAAAUUAUUAUUAUAGCUGACUUCUCAAUAAAAAAAAAGAUGUCCAUCCUUAAUUUCAAUUUAGGAGUUUUGGGUCAUGUUGACAGCGGGAAGACUACCUUGGUUAAAGCUUUGAGUUCGGUGGCCAGCACGGCUUGUUUUGAUAAAAACCCACAGUCAAAAGAAAGAGGAAUCACACUUGACUUAGGAUUUAGCUCUUUUUCAGUUGAAUUACCCGAGCAUAUUAAAGAGAAAAGUUUGGAAACCUAUUCUAAACUUCAGUUUACAUUAGUUGAUUGCCCUGGACAUGCGUCACUUAUUAAAACAAUCAUUGGAGGUGCCCAGAUUAUUGACAUGAUGUUGUUGGUAAUUGACAUCACAAAGGGAAUACAAACACAAACAGCAGAAUGUUUAGUUAUUGGAGAAAUCACCUGUAACCAAAUGGUAGUUGUUCUAAACAAAAUUGAUUUAAUUCCUGACAACAAACGGCAACCAGUAAUUGAAAAGAUGACAAAAAAAAUUCACAUGACUCUGAAAAACACAAAAUUCCACAAUUGCUCAAUUGUUCCAGUGUCAGCAUUCUCUGAUGUUUCAGACUUGGCAUCUAUUAGCAUAUCUAACCUGAUUGAAGUCCUGAAACAGCUUGUCUUUAUACCAAAACGGGAUGCAUUAGGUAAUUUCUUGUUUUCAGUUGAUCAUUGCUUUUCCAUAAAAGGACAAGGAACCGUAAUGACUGGAACAGUGUUGCAAGGGAAAAUAUCAGUCAAUGAUACCAUCGAGAUUCCUACGUUAAAACUAUCGCGAAAAAUCAAAUCCAUGCAAAUGUUUCAUGAAGCAGUUGUCAAUGCAUUUCAAGGCGACCGGUUGGGAAUAUGUGUGACGCAAUUUGAUCCAAAAUUAAUGGAAAGGGGAAUCGCUUGUACUCCCGGAGCUUUACCGAUGGCUUAUGGAGUAAUAGUAAAUGUAGAUAAAGUGGUUUAUUACAAACAACCCAUCAAGAACAAGACGAAAUACCAUAUUACUCUCGGACACGAAACAGUCAUGGCGCGAGUGCAUCUUUUUCAGUCAGCAGGUGAAAAUCUUGAUUUUGAAAUGGAACAUUGCUAUUGUGAAGAAAUAGCAGAAGCGAAGGGGCAAUUUUUCUUCGGCUUCUUAGAAUUCGAUCACCCAAUACCUGUUGUUCCGAAAAGCUUGAUAAUCGGUUCCAAGCUGGACACUGAUAUUCACAGUAAUGCUUGCCGUAUUGCUUUUAAAUGCAAUAUUCAUUUCAUCUUUGGGAACGAAAACUAUAGAGAGGAUCUCGCGCGCCUUAAAGUUUAUAAAACAAAAACGAGGGAAGGUAUUGUUGAACGCAUGGCCUCACCAUUCGAGGUUAUCGGCAAAAAUUUACUGAAAAAAGAGACAAAUGUUCAACCUUUCGUGAACUUGAAGGUUACCUUGUCAACUGGGGAAUUGGGAAUAAUCGAAGGUUCGUUCGGUCAGAGCGGCAAAGUCAAAAUUCGUGUGAUGGAAGGAUUAAAGGAGGAAACACAGGCCCUGUUAGCUGGCCUUAACAAGAAAAGGAAACCCCAAGAUUCAUUGAACCCAGAAGAAAAACAUGUGCAAGUGAAAAUUUUUCUUUGUUUUAAACGGUAUAUAUACGAUCCUUGCAAAAAGAUGAUUCAGACGUAAACAGUAAAACCGUGCAAAUGGAACAAUACAAAAUUUACAAGUGGAA